GAUUGGCUGGGCUGUAUUAGCAGAGGCCGUGAUUGCUGAAGUGUUUGGCAGGUCUCGGAUGAGCCUCCUGCCCUGUGCCUCCCUCUGAAGAAGAGGAGGGGAAGGCCUGAGCCCUCUGGGACCCAGCGACCACAUCCCAUCAGGAACCCUGAAUGUCCACGGAGCAUUUCAUCAACAUGGAGUUCUGAAGUCCAUGUGGCUCCUUGCUGUGCACCAGGUGCUAAGGAAAAUGCAGAGACGCCACAGUAGCAACACGGACAGUAUUCCACCUGAAAGAAGCCGCAGCCAGGUGCUCAGCCCUGAGGCCAGCGUCGAUGAGGGUGGUGUGUUUGAGAGCCUGAAGGCAGAGACGGCCUCCCCUCCCGCACUCUUCUCAGGCCUGGCAGGUAGCCUGCCUGCCAACCCCUUCCCAGCAGGCCUGGUGCUGGGCUCCACAGCAGGUGGUGGGGACGUGUUCAUCCCAAUGCCAGCCACCAGGGAUGAGGCCGGAAGCCGCAGCACCGAAGGAACCACGUACCACCACCGCCAGGCCCACCACCACUUCCACCAUGGCGCCCACCGCGGGGGCUCCCUACUGCAGCAUGUGGGUGGGGACCACCGUGGGCACUCCGAGGAAGGGGUGGACGAGCAGCCAGGAACUCCGGCACCUGCCCUGUCCGAGCUAAAGGCUGUCAUCUGCUGGCUUCAGAAAGGACUACCCUUCAUCCUCAUCCUGCUGGCCAAACUCUGCUUCCAGCACAAGCUAGGCAUUGCUGUGUGCAUCGGGAUGGCCAGCACCUUCGCCUAUGCAAACUCCACCCUCCGGGAGCAGGUGUCGUUGAAGGAGAAGAGGUCGGUGUUGGUCAUCUUGUGGAUUCUGGCCUUCCUGGCAGGGAACACUCUCUAUGUCCUUUACACCUUCAGCUCCCAGCAGCUCUAUAGCAGCCUGAUAUUCCUGAAGCCCAACCUGGAGACCCUGGAUUUCUUUGACCUGCUGUGGAUCGUGGGGAUCGCCGACUUUGUGCUGAAGUAUAUCACCAUCGCCCUCAAGUGCCUCAUCGUGGCCCUGCCCAAGAUCAUCCUGGCUGUCAAGUCCAAGGGAAAGUUUUAUCUGGUCAUCGAGGAGCUGAGCCAGCUGUUCAGGUCACUCGUUCCCAUCCAGCUGUGGUACAAAUACAUCAUGGGGGAUGACUCCUCCAACAGCUACUUCCUAGGAGGGGUUCUGAUCAUUCUCUACAGUCUGUGCAAGUCAUUCGACAUCUGUGGUCGUGUGGGUGGACUCAGGAAAGCACUGAAGCUCCUUUGCACCUCCCAGAAUUACGGGGUCCGAGCCACAGGGCAGCAGUGCACGGAAGCCGGCGCCAUCUGUGCUAUAUGCCAGGCUGAGUUCCGAGAUCCUAUGAUCCUCCUGUGCCAGCACGUGUUCUGUGAGGAGUGCCUCUGCCUGUGGCUGGACCGGGAGCGCACAUGCCCACUCUGCCGCUCUGUUGCCGCCGACACCCUGCGCUGCUGGAAGGAUGGGGCCACGUCUGCACACUUGCAGGUGUACUGAGCUGAGCAUAAGUGGCAGACACCAGGGAGCCCAGGGCUGCUGAGCCCAGCCCUGAGGACUCAUGGGAAACAGCCUCCAGCACUUUCUCCUGCCUUCUACCACCUCUACCUGAUGAUCCCGGGCUCUCCCCACCAACACAUUUCUCAUCACCCUGGCAUCACACACAGGUGUGUGUCCUGCCCCACCAGAAAGGGGAGCCUCCUCACUCAGACUUGGCUUCUCCCCAGGUAGGUGGCCCGUCCACUCUACGUGGAGGAAUUGCUCGUACAACAGUCUCUCCUUAUUCAACCUGCUUCCGGCCACUACAAACUGGUAUGAGCUGAGAGAGUGCAACCUGACCUAGGUCUGCCAAUAAGAGCCACAGGGAGAAUGUCCACCCACCCAUGUGACCUAGGGCCCUGGGAUGAGGGUACUCUCUUUCACACCCUUUGGCAGGUGAGGAAACUGAGAUGAGAAACUUGGCCCAGUCACCCAGCUAGUAAGGGCCCAUGAGUCCCCAGUGCUGCCUGCUGCUGCUAGUGUAGGGGCCAGCAUAGCCAGCUUGUCAAGAGCACACAGGCCGUUCUCACAUCCCCUGCUGGUUGAGCGUCAGUGCUCUGGGCCUACAGCACAUCAGAGGCAGAGCACACUAGCAGCAAAUGCUGACCCCCUGAGGUCAAAUGGCAGGAGCCAUGGAAAGACUUGACCUCGAUUCCUUUUUUCCUGCGCUCUGCCUGGGACAGUCAGUCUCAAGAAGGGUCAGCUCAGGCCUAGAAGUGCAUGCCCCCUGACCUCUGUCACUUCCUUUCCCCACCUUCUCUUCUGUACUGUCCCUCACUGGCAGCUCAGGCCUUUGCAAAGCUCUGGUGGACAUGGAUGCCUCCCCUGGGUGCCUUCAAUCCAUGUCAUAGAUGGCACACGGCUCAGGAGCAAUCCAUUUCCCCCUCCCUCUCUCUAGUGAGGUAAUUAGCUCAGAGAAACAAUAGUCCUCCCAGAGCCUCUGAAAACACUGCUUGCUGUCUUUAACCAAACGCCUGAGAGGAACCGCAGAGAACACUGGGAACAGCUCACAGGUGCACUUCGAAUUCCUGGGUCUCUAGGACACAGCUGCUUUCUCCCCCUGUGAAACACACUGCUUGGAAACCUGGGAUGAGAUAGCACAGGUGACCACACAGAAGUCUCUGGAAUCCUUCCUGCCUUUACCCUCUCCCAGCUCUGUUCUCUCCUUGUCAACAUCCGCACCACAGGCUGGCCCAGCCACAUUUUCAGAAACUGUGUAUGGCUAGUGGGUAGAUUCGCAUAUAUGCCGUGGGGGCGGGGCAGAUGGGUGCCUCACUGCCAUCUCCCUCCCAACAGUAGAUUCAGGACUCAUGCCCCUGGGUACCCCCGCCUGGACUUCUUCUUUUGCUUGGCCUCCCUGGUGCUUUCCUGGUAUCAGCGCAACACACCCUUUCCAGGGGACUAUGGCAUCCUUCAAGCUCUGUUACUAUGGCAAUGGCCGUGAUGUUAAACAAUCCCACUGUCUGGAUGUUCUAAGAGGAAAGGGAGGAUGGGCCCCUCUGUUCUCUCUGGCUUGAGGAGGUACCUAGGGAGAGCACUGGGACUGCCUACGAGUGUUUUUUUGUUUGUUUGUUUGUUUGUUUGUUUGUUUUGUUUUUUUAAUCUGAGAGAUCAUUAUGGAGGUUUGGAGCUGGGGGAGACACAUGAAGUGUGGCAUGGGAUGGAGCAGAGGCAGCCACUGGGAGCCAGCUUGGAAACCUGACUCCGAACUCUGCACACUUUGUGAUGUCCUUGUACCCUGUGUCUCUCAGGGGCCUACAAAACCUGGCGUGUUGCUUGCUGGGACGGAGGAAGCUAACAAUGGGCAGAGCUCACCUAACAUGCAGGAAGCCCUGAGCUCCAUGGCCAGAGCCCUGUAAACUAAGUGGGGCAGUGAACACAUACAGUGCCAGCACUGGGUAGUGGAAGCAGGGGGAUCAGAAGCUCACGGUCAUUCCUUGGCUACAUGGUGUGUUCUAGGACAGCAUGGGCUACACGGGACUCUAUUUUAAAAGGAGAAAAAAGGUAAACAGUGGGGGUUACUGGUGAAUGCACCAAUGAUUCCUCCCCCCCCAUUACCUUUCUAACAUUACGUAACUAUAAACUAUACCCCUGCCAUGUAAAGACUACCGAAGCUGGGCGUGUGCCCUGGGGACAGUGAGAGGAUGCAGCUGAGGGUCUUAUUUGUUCACUUCCCACCCUUCAAGGAAACAUCCCAUUGGAGGGCUUGGCUUCUGUCUCCCAAACAUCAGGUUGUGGAAAAGUGUCCCUUGGAGAACACUGCCAUUCUCUUCCCUGCAGUGACAUGUGAGCCCUUUGUGUUGAGCAGGUCGAAGGAGCUUCACGGCUGUGCAUCUGGCUCCCAGUAUUUUGUGGGUUACAGACUCAAAUCCCACUGAGCCCUUAGAGUCUUGUUUAUGUAUAAGAAUUUGAGAAUAAUAUGUGGAGAGGAAGCUGGAGAGAUGCAAAGCUGUUGAGAGUACUUGCCUUGUGUUCUUCAGAAGACCCAGGGAAUUGAACACUCUCUUCUGGCCUCCACAGGCACCUACACAUACAUGGCGUGCACGUGUGUGUGUGUGUGUGUGUGUGUGUGUGUGUGUGUGUGUGUGUGUAAUUUAAAACAAAAUCUUUUAGAAGUAUGUGGGGAUAAGAAUGGCCUGCUUUGCACCUGAGCCUAACAGAGCCAGCACCUUUUGAAGGGAAUGGCACACAGGUAUGGAGCCUUGGGAACAUCUCGCUGCCAAGGAGGAACUGGGCAGCAGUCUGAAGUCUGUGGUGCUUUUGCAUUCAGACAUGUGGUUGUCAUUGGUGUCUUUGGGAACCUUCUGCCAAUAAACCUCCCUUUUGGAUGCAA